AGCCCUAUUUUGAUCGCACUUUGUCGUUGUCAGUCUAAAUAUUUUUCCGGCUUGCUCGUUUGUCGGAAAAUUCGACUACGCCCUGCAAAAUAGUCUGGAAAAUCUGUAUAUAAGGAGGGACAAUGUCGAGGAACCGAACCAACCUGCGCCGACAGCCCCAAGCAUGUGAAAGUGAUGGGGAAAAUGGGGAGUCGGGGUCGUCAUCGGAAGAGCCGCAGUUCCUCGACUAUCUGGGCCACUCGGAAGGACCGCAGGAGAUGAAUCCUCUGGAAGAAUUCACAAGUCCGGUGCGAGAGAAAAAGCCCCCUCGUCUGGCAGCCAAACCUAAUCCCACUUCUAAUUCCAACAACAAUCAAGAGGCCGUGGAGAAUCACCGGAGGAUCUACCGCCAGCUGGGCAUCCAUGUCCCCGAACCGCAGCCCAAUCAUCCGCUCAUGGGCUACCGCUUCGUCCUGAAACUCUUCCUGGCCACCAAUAGCAAAGCUGUGGACUUCCUCAACUGGUCGGGGAAGGGCACCCAGUUGGAACUCAACUAUUUGGGAUUGCAGGAGCACUUGACCAGUGGUCGCUCCAUUUUCCACUGCCGGAAUGCUUCGCAGUUCACCGCUCUUCUUCAGGGCCACGGAUUCGAACGAGUUCGGUCAGGCGAGGAAUCUUCCGCUCCUACAGCUUCUGCCAUCAAGCUGCUCUACCGGAACCCAAACUUCGUCAGGGGUCAGCUGGGAAAGUUGGAGAAGAUAGAGGACCAUUGCCCCAGUCCCGAUAGCAAGGGACCACAAUUCCCACCUCUGCACCUCCCGAACUACGGCCACAUUGCCAGGAUGAUCCGACGGGGCGAUCUCUGCUCCACUUCCUACACAUGUCGUUCCCCGCUGCAGAUAGCUCGGUGUAAUUUCCAAACUCUACUGAACUAUCAGGCGGAUGCGGCUGUCCUGAAGGAACGCAAUAGUCACGACGUGUUCAACCAACAGGUUAUGACGCAACUGAAUGUGAAAACGGGUCGUACCCCCAAUGAUUCCCUGCCAGAUCCCAAGCACAGUAAAGCCUACCAUGGGAAAUUCGUGAAGCCCCACGAAUCGGUUAUUAAUAUAGGCAUCGGCCAGGCCCCCGACUAUGCCGGAUACUACGGCAAGGUGGAGCUGUCCAAGGUCAACGAGUUCUUCUCGGAGUACCUCCCCCGUUAUGGCAGUAAAAUCACCGGCUACAAGGAUAUAGUAAUGGACGCCACCAACAAGUCGAUUGGUUUCCAACAGAAUCUGCCCAUUGGCCUGAGUUUUUCGGACGACGAAGAUGAUGUCCUGGCACCACUUUCUUCUGGACUGGAAAUGGAUUUCUUGCCGUCCACCUCGGCUGCUGGGAAGCCGAAAUCGUCUGCUCGCAGGGCGGUUGUGGAGGACUCCGACUUGGAGCAGGCUAUGCAGGAGCUGUGUGGCUCCAAUCUCAACGAGGAUGACGACGAUGUGCCGCAGACCAGCAGCAGUAGCAAGUUAAAAGCGAAACCCAAGCCAAAGGCCAAAGCCAAGCCCACUAAACGCCUGGCCAAGCGCCUGGAAUCCAGCUCCAGCGAAAGCGAAGAACCCAAGGCGAUUGAAGAGAAGAAGCCCAGGAAACCCAAGAAGAUCAAACUGAAGGCAGAGGAAGAUAGUGUCGAGUAUGUAGUGAAUAUCGAAGAGGAUUUCGAGACGGAGGAAAUCGAGGAAAUGACUGAUGAAAAGGUGAAGGAUCUGCAAUACGACGAAUAUGACGACGACGAUGAUAACGAAGAGGACGACUUCGGGGAGGAGGACGAUGACGACUAUGUUGACAAGUACGUACAGUAUAGGACUGCUCCAGAGCCGCCGAAGAGACGACGUUAUGAUCUUCGCAACUCCAAGCGAAGCCCACCCUAAGAAGCUUAUAACAUAUCUUAACGCAAAUAGGAAUUAAAAUAUUUAGUUAAAUCAAUUUUAAGCUAAAUCCAGAGAAGGGUUGCAGGAAAAGUUCGCUUGCAUCUCUUCCCUCAAAACCAUUAAACGUUAAUUAUUCCUU